AUGGCUUCUGCUGACAUGACAGUUGUACAUCAACACGAAUUUCUACAAGUGAAUCAUUCAUUUGGUUAUGUUUGUCUAUCGAAUAAAUGCAAUAAUGAAAUGAGUUUAAAACAAAUUCUUCAUUCACUGGUUAUCGAAGAUAAAUUUGCUCAUGAAUUAACUCCAUUACUUGAAAUUAUUUCUCCAUUUGAUACACAUUCUGCUGCAUGUUAUGAUUUUAAUAAUUAUACAGUCGGUUGUGCUUCAACAGAUCUUGACACUUGUCAACGAUGUCAAAUUUCUGUCGAUAGAGAACCUCCGCCGAGUCAACAAAUCUGUGCAACAUGUCCUUAUUAUUCUGAAGAUCCUAAUUCAAUAUCACGUCAAAUUAUGUUUUUACUAGAUAGUCGAACACAAUCACAGAAUAUUGCUAAAAUCAAUUGUCAACUCAAAGCAUGUAAUUCAAUUGAUAAUAUUAACCGAGUUUAUAAAACAAGCAAAAUUACAUUUGAUUUUGGAGAGUUUUUCAAAAAUUUCUGGUAUAAUAAUCUGUAG